AUGGCUUCCUACCUUCCUGGUGCCAUCACCAUACCCUUAACAAAAAGUACAGAUUACUUGAAGAGUACAAUUGGUGGUUUGACUUGGGGUCCCGUCCUUUCUCUCUCAAAGACUGCUGUCACUUCAUUAUUCGGACGAAUUGAGCGUGGUACACUACUUGUUACUGAUGUCGAAACUGGAACCACAUUAUGUUACGGGGCGAAGAUUGCCAAAGAACCCAAGGUCGACGGCGUUAAUGGCCAUUAUCCUUCAAGGAAAGCUGGUGCAGCAAGAAAGAUAGAAUUGAGGGUUAUCAAUCAAGCAUUCUGGGUGCGAUUAUUCUUAUUUGCCGACAUGGGCUUCGCGGAGGCGUAUAUGUUGGGAGAAGUUGAAUGCGAUGAUUUGACUGGGUUUUUUGAGCUUUUUAUCCAAAAUCGUAAUCAACUCGCAAAUGCAACAACCCUAACUUCAUCUAUCGCCGCGACCAUCACAGGACUCGCCCGAAGUACGAAUACCCUCUCCAAUUCUCUCCUCAAUGUUUCCGCGCACUACGAUAUCUCCAAUGAAAUGUUCGCCGCAUUUCUUUCGGAAGAUAUGACAUAUUCAUGUCCAAUAUGGAAACCCAUUUCUAGCAUCUCUUCCGAGUCUGAAGAAGAACCUCUUGAAGAAGCACAAAAUACGAAACUCGAUCGAUUUAUAGACGGAGCGCGAAUCAAAUCCACAGAUCAAGUAUUAGAAAUCGGAACUGGAUGGGGCUCAUUUGCUAUCCGAGCCGUUCAACGAACAGGAUGUCGGGUGACAAGUUUAACAUUAUCGAUCGAGCAAAAAGCUUUGGCUGAAAAGCGCAUAUAUGCAGCUGGUUUGGCGGACAGAAUCGAAGUAAAACUGAUGGACUAUCGAGCCCUACCUAUUCCAAAACAACCUUAUGAUAAAAUAAUCUCAAUAGAGAUGCUCGAAGCUGUCGGAGCAGAAUACCUUGAAACAUAUUUCUCAUGUAUUCAUCGACUAUUAAAACCCGAUGGAAUCGCUGUAUUUCAAUGCAUUACCAUGCCAGAAGGUCGAUAUGAAGCAUACGCAAAAGGAGAGGAUUUUAUUAGAAAAUAUAUAUUUCCAGGUGGACAUCUUCCUUCCAUUACUCAAUUAAUUGAUAAUAUUACCAAAGCCUCGGAAGGAACAUUGGUGGUAGAAAAGGUAGAAAACAUCGGAGGACAUUAUGCGAAAACUUUAAGAUUAUGGAGGGAAAAGUUCCUAGCGAAUUUCGAAACGAGGAUUAGACCCGCGUUGAUGGCAGAGCAUGAAGGGAUGGGUGAGAGAGAGGUUGAAGUUUUCAGAAAGAAGUGGGAGUAUUAUUUCACAUAUUGCGAAGCAGGAUUCGCGACAAAGACACUAGGAGAUGCGAUAAUUACGGUUGGGAGAGAGGGAGCUUUGGAAUUGAUGCAUGGUAUACCCUUAUAA